AAAACUAUGGUUGCGUCACGAGUCGUCUCUGUGUGUAAUUAAAACCAUAUUGAGAAAUAUGCAGGAAGAGAGCGCAGACUCGCUGUUCGAGCGGUUUCAAAGGUCCUGUUCUGGCGAUAGAUCCUCGGUCAUCUGUGGAAAGUUGUAGCCCAUUAAGAAAGGUUGAAAUAAUACCAGUCUAUACCAGUAUAAACCACAAUGGCCGGUUUGAAGUACAUGAGUGGUUUUGGCAAUGAGUUUGCCUCUGAGGACCCUCGUUGUCCAGGAUCUUUACCUGACGGACAGAACAAUCCACAAGUAUGUCCAUAUGGCCUAUAUGCUGAGCAACUGUCUGGGUCUGCCUUCACUUGCCCACGAUCUACCAAUAAGAGAAGCUGGCUGUAUCGCAUUUUACCUUCUGUGCGUCACAAGCCCUUCACUGCAGUGAGCUGUGGAAAUCUUACAGAGAACUGGAAUGAAGUGGAACCUGAUCCCAACCAGCUUCGAUGGAGGCCGUUUAACAUCCCCAAAACCUCAGAGAAAAAAGUGGAGUUCACAUCGGGUCUUCAAACGAUCUGUGGAGCGGGAGAUUCUAAAUCUCGUAAUGGAAUCGCCAUCCACAUCUACACCUGUAACACUUCAAUGACUGACAAAUGUUUCCAAAACUCAGAUGGGGAUUACCUCAUUGUGCCUCAACAAGGUGAAAUCCUGAUUACUACAGAAUUUGGGAAGAUGAUGGUGGAGCCCAGUGAGAUCUGUGUCAUUCAGCAAGGGAUGCGUUUUAGUGUGGAUGUCUUUGGAGAAACCAGGGGAUACAUCCUGGAGGUGUUUGGGGCCCAUUUUGAGCUGCCUGACUUGGGCCCAAUUGGGGCCAAUGGACUUGCUAACCCCAGGGACUUCCAAACUCCUGUGGCUUGGUAUGAAGACCGCACUGUCGCCACUGGUUAUACUAUUGUAAAUAAGUACCAAGGAAAGUUCUUCUCCUGUCAACAGGAUUUUUCGCCAUUUAACGUGGUGGCAUGGCACGGAAACUACACACCCUACAAAUACAACCUGGAGAACUUCAUGGUCAUCAACUGUGUGGCAUUUGAUCAUGCAGAUCCAUCAAUUUUCACUGUAUUAACAGCCAAGUCCACACAUCCAGGUGUGGCCAUUGCAGAUUUUGUGAUCUUUCCUCCUCGCUGGGGUGUAGCUGACGGUACCUUUCGGCCCCCUUACUAUCACAGGAACUGCAUGAGUGAGUUCAUGGGUUUGAUCAAGGGCCACUAUGAAGCAAAAGAAGAGGGCUUCCAGCCUGGAGGAGCCAGUCUCCACAGCAUGAUGACUCCACACGGCCCUGAUGCCGACUGUUUUGAGAAGAACAGCACAGCCAUUCUAAAACCAGAGAGAGUUGCUGAGGGCACUAUGGCAUUCAUGUUUGAGUCAUCCUUCAGCAUGGCAGUGACUAAGUGGGGGCUUGACACCUGUCAUCGCCUGGACAAGAAUUACUAUAAAUGCUGGGAGCCAUUAAAAAGUCACUUCAACCCUUCCUGGAAACCAAGCAGCAAAUAGAAUGGGAAAUAUACAUGUAUAAACCUCGCUUUCAGAAGAUGAUGCAGUUAUCUUUCCAUAUAUGAGGAUCAGUCAUUCACAGCAGUCUCAUCUCUUGAUACUGAAGCAAUUUGGAAAUGUUUAGUUAACCAGAGAUGUUCUGUGGUGGUGUCAUGACUAAACAUGCUUUUGGAGUGUAACCAAUAAAAUGACAUAAAAAAACAUUGUGAUUGCUUACUAG